CGCUCGCCAGCCAGGCCUCCUCGAACGGCGAGGUGAGGCUGAUCCUGCAGCAGUUGGGGGGGCGUAUCAGGGCGGAUCCACGCUUCCAGGACGCUUCAUGCUCGAACAGCGACGAGGAGGAGACCACCCGUGCUUCGAGGCUUCGGACGCUCCCGCGUGCCAGACGAGGCGCCUUGGAUAAGCUGCUAGCGGCCGAGGCGUUGCCCGAGCUAGACCAUCUCACACUGGGCGCGCACGCUGCCGCCAAGCCUCGGACCGAGGCCCAGCGCGCCCAGGAGGUGCACCAGCUCAGCCAGUGCAGCGGCGUGAAGCGGGUAACCGACAUCCCGACCGAGGAGCUGGACAGUCAAAUGGCGCAGUACGUCGACCACCAGAUCAGGAGGGGAGCGACCGCUGCUCGGUGCAUGAAGUUGCCGGCUGGGGUUGUUCACGCUCGGCCGGCGGCGGGGAAGCAGGGCCCUCGCACACUGCAGCGCAGCUGGAGGGCAUUGAAAGGGUGGCAGAACAUGAGCCCAUCCACAUCCCGUCUCCCCGAGGCGUGGCCGAAUUGGCGCGCCAUCGCCAACGGGGUGCGCAGCGUGCAGAGGUACGGCAUGGCGCUUCUCAUCUGCCUCAUGUGGAGCACGUGCACGCCCGAUCCAGUGAGUGGAUGGCACUGGAGACAGAGUUCCUUUUUUUCCCUCCCUCCGGGUCGCGCGGCCACGCACUGGACGUUGCAGCUGGAUCCAGAGAUCGAGGGCGUGCCGCCCAAGGAAGCUGCUCGCGACCUGGGAUUCAACCUAGUGGUGUAUCAGGCCAGGCCCAGUGGAGCCAGCUCGGACAUGGCCGCGCGACGCAGAACGCUCGCGGAG